CAGUGUGAUGAAAUUUAGAGUUUUUAAAUGAGAGUUACUAGAGAUUUAAUUAGAGAGAAAGGACAGUCUUGUGGUGAAGGCUCUGGGUGGGAUUCAGGAAGACUGGGGGUCACGUUCCUGGCUCUGCCACUGAUGUGCUACAUGAGGGUGAAGAGUGAAGGCCCCAAGCUGGUGCCCUUUUUUAAAGCCACUUGUGUCUAUUUCGUCCUCUGGCUGCCAACUUCCAGCCCUUCCUGGUUCAGUGCCCUCAUCAAGUGUCUGCCCAUCUUCUGCUUAUGGGUUUUUCUGCUGGCACAUGGAAUCAAUUUCUUGGUCGCCCAUCAAAGCGCCAGUAGGAUCUUAGCAGGGUUAAUAUUCUCUGCAGUGGGGGAUGCCUUCCUCAUCUGGCAGGAGCAAGGCUACUUUGUUCAUGGUCUGCUGAUGUUUGCCAUCACACACAUCCUGUACUCCUCAGCAUUCGGGAUGAAGCCUUUGGACCUGAAAGCCGGCUUUGUGAUGACCCUUGUUUCCAGCUUCUGCUACACCUUCCUGUACUCCUACCUCUCAGGCCCCUUCACCUACCUGGUAGCUGUCUAUAUCGCUUUGAUCGGCUUCAUGGGGUGGCGCGCCAUUGCUGGCGUGCAGCUGUGCAAUGACCUCUGGACUUGGACCAAGCUUUCGGCCUGUAUUGGCGCAGUGCUUUUCAUUGUGUCAGAUCUGACCAUUGCCGUUAACAAGUUCUGCUUCCCGGUGCCCUACUCACGUGCCAUCAUCAUGGCCACUUACUAUGCAGCCCAGAUGCUCAUUGCACUCUCAGCUGUGGAGAGCAGGGAUGAAGAGGACUUCAAAAGGAGGAAUUAGAUGGAACGCCAGCAGGCUCAUGAACUGCAUGGAUUAUAACUGGGGUGCUGCAGCAGCAUUAGUCGCUGAGGGAGAUCUCCAUCUCUCAAGGUGCAUUGGUGAUAGAGAUUUUGCUUCUUUGAAGCAUUAUCUUUGGUUUUUUUUAAUCUGACUCUCCUUGAAUGUAAUUUACUUCAGUGUGGAGACCACAUUGGAGAAUUUAGACUGCUCCUACAGUAGCUACUCAUUGACCUUUUCCUCUUGGAAGCUUCAGGAGUCCUCUCUAAUACCACAUUGUAUUUGUUAAUCCUGAAGGUGGUUCUGAAUGUUAUGGAAGGAGAAGGCUAAUUUAAAGAGACCAUGAAAAGAGGCUAGGCAGGUUAAGAGGCUUGCCUUCGACCCUGGACACACAUGUCCAAAUCCCAGCUAAGGUGAUAGGGAGGUGACAGUAGGGUGACAGGAAAUGUGAAAAAAAUCAGGUCAGGCGGUGGGGGGUAAUAGGAUCCUAUAUAAGAAAAAGGCCCAAAAAUCUGGACUGUCCCUAUAAAAUUGGGACAUCUGGUCACCCUAGGUGACAGUUUAGGUGGUGACUAGACUAGAUCCCACUUGUGGGCAUUACAAAGCCACUACACAGGGUGCAGCAACUGACAGCCUCUGCUCAAAGAAAGCCCAGGAGUGGCAUAGCAGGAGGAUAGGUAGUGCAGGUCAGGUCUGAAGUACAUUGGUAAGAAUUGGGUGGUGGGAAACUUGCACUGUACCUGAUUCUAACCAGGGCUCUUUUGUGAAUUCCAAAUUCAUGCAACUUCCUAUUUAAAUGCUAGUCAAAGUUUUUCUGCCCAAUGUGAAGGCUGCUGAGCAUUUAGUAUGUGAUACACUUGCAGCAGCAACUUCAGAAUGUUAUUGCAUUCUGAACUUUGAGAAAAUGGGAAAUGAAAGGCAUUCUUUAAGCAGGCUGGGUUAUGAUGACAG